CAGGCUUCAUGCUCAGUUGCUCAGUGUAGAGCCUGAUGCGGGGCUCAAUCCCAUCAUCCUGAGAUCAUGACCUGAGUCAGUCAAGAGUCAGAUGCUCAGUCAGCACCCGGUUUGGCAGUUUCUUACAAACCCAAACAUGCACUUAGAAUAUAACCCAGUAUUUGUACUCCUGAGCAUUUAUCCCAGAGAAAUGAAAACUUAUGUUCAGAAAAACAUGUAUACAACUUCAUAGCAGUUUUAUUUGUAAUAGUCAAAAUCUGUAAGUAACCCAAAUAGCCUCAAUAAGUGGCUAAAACAGUAUUAUAUCUAUACCAUGAAUACUUAUUACUCUACAAUAAGAUAGGAUGACCUAAUGCUGCAAUGACAAGUGAAUCUCAAAAUUAUGCUGAGUGAAAAAAAAUCCAAUCUCAAAAGGUAUUCUGUAUGAUUCUAUUUAUAUAAUCUAAAAUGACAAAACUAUAUAGAGAUGAAAGAUUAGUGGUUGCCAGAGGUUGGGGAUGGUGGGAAGGGACAGCAGAGAGAGGGAAGGGUAACACUUAGGAAGGUCUUUGUGGCGUUGAAAGAGUAUAUCUUGAUUGUGGUAGUGGUUACACAAAUAUACACGUGAUAAAAAGAAGUAUACACACUGUGCAAGUGUCAAUUUCCUGAUUUUUAUACUAAACUAUACUUAUGUAAGUUGUACUUGUUGAGGGAAACUCAAGUUGAGGGGGGAGGGUAUUAUUUUUCCAACUUGCUGUGAGUUGAACUCAAAAUGUAAGGUAAAACAAGACCCUAAAAAACCAUGACCAAAUGCACUGUGUGAAACUGAUUUGGAAGAACAAAGUUAUGAAAUAUGUAUUUUAGGGUGGUUGGGAGAUUUUAAUAUGAUUGGAUAUUAGAUGAUAUUAGGGAAUUGUUAAUUUUCUUACCAUUAUGUAAUGGUGGUAUAACGUUUGGAGAAUAUUAUGAAAGAAUGCAUAUUGAAGUAUUUGGAAUGAAGUGUUUUGAUGUUCACAACUUUCAACAAAUUUUUUUCAGUAUAUACAGAGAGAUAAGGCAAACGUAGGCAAGUGUUGAGUCCAGAUGGAGGAUACAGGUACUCAUUGUACCAUUCUUUAAACUUUUCUGUACUGUUGAUAUUUUCAAAAUAAAACGUAUGGGGCAAAAUUAUCAGGACGUUCUACAGACGAAUGCUUUGUAGCUUCAGGCUCCUGCGUACACGCCUCGCCCAACCACUGCCGAGCCAGGGGAUGUCCCCUUUCCUGAGGCUUUAGGGCCACAGUCCACCUGCACCCUCCUACGCACUUUUACUCCCAUCCCUGGUCCGCAGCGAUAUUGGACACCCAUCGAGAAGACAGCACCUCCGACAUUCCUAGAGAGGCCGGCCUGGGGACUUGGGAAGCCGGAAGCCCGUCUCCAGGCACUUCCUGUCCGGUCAUUGUUCUCGCACCGGUAGGCGCGGGGCGCAUGAUCUAGCCUAUGUUCUGCUGCAGAGCCCGCGAGCUCUGGCCGGGCCUUUCCGCGGUGCACGUAGACAGUAUCAUCCUGGCCCUGAGAAGAAACUCAAGAAGAAGAAACUUAAAGAUUAGAUGGGGCUUGACCUCUGCUGGGCAGCCCCCAGCUAUAAGAGUUCCCCUCCUGAGCAGAGACGAUGACUGCAGAACUGAGAGAGGCCAUGGCCUUAGCCCCCUGGGGCUCAGUGACAGUGAAAAAGGAGGAGGAAGAGGAAGAAAACUUCCUAGGCCAGGCAUCUAGCCAACAAGUGCACUCGGAGAACAUCAAAGUCUGGGCUCCUGGGGAAAGUCCCCAGACAGGCCUUGUCAUAUCAGAACAGGAGGAAAAGGAUCCAAACAUGUUCUGGAACAUGGCUGUAGUCCUGAAAGCAACACAGGAGGCACCUCCUGCCUCAGCCCUUGGCACCUGCUCAUUAUCAGGGACUCUGGCCAAGAGUGAGAUACUGGAGACACAUGGGAACAUGACCUCUCUAGGUGCUGAAACCAAGAACCCACAGUUACUGGUUCCAAAAACUGAGAUAUGUGAUGAAGCAGAAAAACCCUGCAUAAUGCCAGGAAGAAUCCAGAAAGUUAAUCCUCCAGAACCUGAGUUAGGAGAAGCCUGUGAAAAAGGGAACCCGUUAAAGAAGCAGAGAAUCAAGAGGGAAAAGAAAGAUUUCAGACAAGUGACAGUGAAGGACUGUCAUGUACCUGAAAGCUUCAAAGUAGAGGAAAACCAGAAAUGUCAGGAACCUGGGGAAAGGUAUAGCCUUAGUUCUAGCUCUGUUAAAAAUCAGAAAAGCCAGCCUGGACAGAAGCCUUUUACAUGUAGUGUGUGUGGAAAAGGCUUUAGUCAGAGUGCAAACCUCGUAGUGCAUCAGCGAAUCCACACAGGGGAGAAGCCCUUUGAAUGUCAUGAGUGUGGGAAGGCCUUCAUUCAGAGUGCAAACCUUGUUGUGCAUCAGCGAAUCCACACUGGACAGAAGCCGUAUGUUUGUUCAAAAUGUGGGAAAGCCUUCACUCAGAGUUCAAAUCUGACCGUACAUCAAAAAAUCCACUCCUUAGAAAAAACCUUUAAGUGCAGUGAAUGUGAGAAAGCCUUCAGUUAUAGCUCACAACUUGCUCGGCACCAGAAAGUCCACAUUACAGAAAAAUGCUAUGAAUGUAAUGAGUGUGGGAAAACAUUUACUCGGAGCUCAAACCUCAUUGUCCACCAGAGGAUCCACACUGGGGAGAAGCCCUUUGCCUGUAACGAUUGUGGCAAAGCCUUCACCCAGAGUGCAAACCUUAUUGUGCAUCAGCGAAGCCAUACUGGUGAGAAGCCAUAUGAGUGUAAAGAAUGUGGAAAAGCCUUUAGUUGUUUUUCGCACCUUAUUGUGCACCAGAGAAUUCACACUGCAGAGAAACCUUAUGAUUGCAGUGAGUGUGGAAAAGCCUUCAGUCAGCUCUCUUGCCUUAUUGUGCAUCAGAGGAUUCACAGUGGAGAUCUCCCUUAUGUGUGUAAUGAGUGUGGGAAGGCCUUCACGUGUAGUUCAUACCUGCUUAUUCAUCAGAGAAUUCAUAAUGGGGAGAAACCUUACACAUGCAAUGAGUGUGGCAAGGCCUUCCGGCAGAGGUCGAGUCUCACUGUGCACCAGAGAACCCACACUGGGGAGAAGCCCUACGAGUGUGCCAAGUGUGGUGCGGCUUUCAUUUCUAACUCGCACCUCAUGCGACACCACAGAACUCAUCUUGUUGAGUGACAAGUACUUGUUACUCCAGUCAUUGAUCAUAAUCCACUGCCCCCUAAUUGGACACGUCUUUGCUGUUUUUGUUUGUAAAAAUGAGGCCCGCCAUGUUACAAGUAACAGUUUUCAAGAAUGCAGCACAGAACACAAGACAAGCAUUUCAGAGGCUGACUUAAAGAAAGUGAAAGCAUCUAAAGGCAAGGACUGUGUUUUAAACUGUGCCCUCAGUAGUCCUGUUUGAAAUGGAAUGUGGCUUUCUUUAAAAUGGGUCGUGCAAAGCUAAGUGAUAAAGAUCCUGUUUGAGGAAAGGUA